AUGUGUAGCGACAUCACCAGGUCAGGAUGUGUAGCGACAUCACCAGGUCUCCUCGAUAUGAACGCUUCUGUCCAACGUGACAGGCCUAGCCAGGGCAAGAGGUACACGCUCAACCAAACUCAAGAGAGAGCGGUACGGCGCUUACUGUUUCUUUGCGCGUUGGUGUUUGAUGCCCUCACAAUAAUCCUCGUCGUCUUUCUAUGCGUCGGCGCAUGGACAAAGUCGGGUUCUGUGAGAGAGUUAAAAGGUAUCAAGAACAGAGAGGCCCACCUUGCUACCUGGUCAACGGCAUACCGCCGGCGCCCGUCAGCCGAAGAGACCACCGUCGUCAUCAGUUGGCACCUCAGCAGCUGCUGCUACUCACUGUCCGGCGAAGACAUGAACUCAGGACGGGAUGGAUGUAUCCGCCAGGCCCCGGGCACCCCCUUCGACCUUGAGAGCAUCAUGGAGGACGUCGCUUAUGCAAUAGGGGGAUACUCGAUGUACUCCUCAAGGAGGGGUCAAUUCUCGGCUCUGGAAUCGCAAGACAUUGACCUCUCGAACGCCCCCACAAUCAUCUCGUCCAAAACCGCGCUCAUCACUUACAUUGUCUUCACGUUGGUCACCGCGUGCCUCUGGUUUUGGCACUUCUUCGUCGGCAUGAUUCCGGACGCACCUAACUGUGAUCGUUUCCUGACAGUGUCGCUUACUCUGACGGGGGCGGCCUUGAUCGCCGCUUCUAUUCGCACGACCAGAACGGCCUUUGAGGCGGACGACAUCCUCAGGGAAUACGAGAGUGUCUUCGAAUACCACAGCGCCGGCAUUUCAAUGCUGGUCGUCACCUGGAUCGCCUCGGCAAGCCAUCUGCUCUCGGUUGCGGCAUACAUCGCUGCCGUGGCCGUUGGCGAACGACUGCAGAAGCCGGACCAAUACCCGCCAGAGUCGGAGCCGUCGGACAUGGGAUCGAUGAUUGACGAACGCCGAGUGAGGGAGGUAGAAAUGCCAACGGAAGCCGAAAGAGAUGAACAUUAUAGGAGGCGUCUGGAGGAAUUCGUUCGCGUACGCGACCAGAGGCGACGAGCAGAAGCAGCUCCCUCUCGUUUGGAUCGCAUUCGCGAAGAGAGUCUGGUGAAUCAUGCCGAUGACGACGGCGGGUUGCCGUCGUACUCGAGGAUCGAUCCGUACGCGAUGCAUGCGCCGGUGAAGCCAAAUGCUGCGACGGGUCCGCCUAUAGAAAUGACGGAUCUGAGGACGGCUACGAGUGGCCAGUCUCGCGAGGACGAUGUGGAUGUGCCAGCGCCGGACUAUGAGCAGCAUCAAACUGCGUCAUCUCGCCGCCCGUGA